AAAACUUCUCUCAAUAAUCCCAUUCUCCACAACUCGCAAAUUCUCCACCUGAAAAUACAAACGGAAAACUCACCGGAAAAAAUUUCAGAGAUCGGAAAUUGUUGAAAAAAUGGCGUACGAGAAUGAUAUGAAUCUGAAGGCAACUGAGUUGAGAUUAGGGUUACCAGGGACAAUAGAUGAAUCUCAGAUUAAAGAACCUUCUUUUCUAAAGAGUAAUAACAAGAGAUCUUCAGGUGAUAUGGAUAAUUCAGCUAAUGAAGAUGAAUGUUCCCCUGUUCCAAAGGCACAAGUUGUAGGGUGGCCGCCGGUGAGAUCUUACCGGAAAAAUGUUCUACAGCAACAGAAGAAGAAUUUCGAUUCCGACGUGCUCGGGAUGUAUGUGAAAGUAAGUAUGGAUGGAGCUCCUUAUUUGAGGAAGAUCGAUAUCAAGGUCUACAAGAACUACCCAGAUCUACUCGUGGCCUUGGAGAACAUGUUCAAAUUCUCUAUUGGUGUGUACUCAGAGAGAGAAGGGUACAAUGGAUCUGAAUAUGCACCAACUUAUGAAGAUAAAGAUGGGGAUUGGAUGUUAGUUGGAGAUGUUCCAUGGGAUAUGUUUGUUAAUUCUUGCAAAAGGCUUAGAAUAAUGAAAGGAUCUGAAGUCAAAGGACUCGGAUGCUUGUAAAAGCUUUAGCUAUAGAACUUGGAUACAAAUUUACAAAAUGUUCAGUUUGGGUUCUCCAAGAACCGAUCCAGAUCGACUGUAUACAGUUCAUUGUGUUGUCAAGUACGGUUACCUAGUUACGUUAAGACACGAAAUAGACCUACUACUUGUAUAAAUGAGAGAGAUUCAUGUUUUUUUUUUUUUGGAAAAUUUGUCAUAUAUUUAUAUGAGUAAACAUGAUACAAUACAAGAUUCAAAGAA